AUGCCCUCUGGAGGAGCUCUCAACAAGGAGAUGGAUUCCCAGACGCAAAGCAGCCUUUUCGGUUUACCUGUCGAAAUACGUCGGCAUACGUAUGCCCUCAUCGUUGACGAGGGCGUUCACGUGUACCUCCGUGAUGGCCACAUCUGCAUUUCGACAUGCGUCACUCCCCAGCCCAGCAAUGACUACUUCUGCUUCGACCGUCAGUCAUCGGGAGAUGCUCCCAGUGACGUUUGGGCUCGUCGACUGGGAUCGUCCUGGGCCUCGCACUGGAGAUGCGAAGAAGUCGCCCUUGGCUUGGACGUGGACCGAAUCAAUCUUACCACUGGCCGCGACUCAACAAGGGCGUUGAUGCAGUCAUGCAAGAGAAUAUAUACGGAGAUGGCAGACUUGGUAGCCGAGGUGUCCGUCUUACACGUCACCGAACUUUCUACGCUUGACCAGCUACUACAACGAGACCACGACAACACAUGGCUGUUCACCGACAGCAUGUUUUUGAGCUCAUUCGCCGGCGUGAGAAGCCUCCAUCUCGCAUUCCGUCUUCCGCUGCAGGUCUACAAGAUGAUUGAGCUGCAAGACAAGCAGUCGAAUGUGUCGACUCAUCCACCCAACCAGCUGCUCCCCACCAUGUGGAAGGGCAUCUGGCCAGCAAUAGCUGGGCUCAAACACCUACGUUCACUCGACGUCUAUCUUGACCAUGAUUCUGAAGCAUCGUGGACUUUGGUCGAUGAAGCCACCAUACUCAGACAUUUGCUCCCGCUCUCCAAGCGUCCUCACAUCAGCACCACUGUUCGCAUCCCGAAAUUGCCACCGCGGCAGGACACGGACCAAGACGCUGGAUCCUCAAUGGAGAAGUCGCCGUCCUUGCUGGACAUACAACGGUUCAUCAGACAAAGAUUCUUCCCCCAGCAAAGACAAGAUGGCACCCACGGCAUCGUCUACGAACACGAUGCCAACAACAUGUUUGGCGACCCAGACCCGUCUGCCGACGAGUUGACUCGGACAGCUGAAUUGACGAUGCACCUUUGGCUGCAUGGUAUUGAGCUUGACUACCUUGCCAUGAGUAGGAGAUUGGGGUGGUAG